CAAGCGACUUAUAUUGCUUCCUGCUUCGGCCGUGCGUUGUUUUUGACUGGCUGUGGCUUAGAGCCGGCACAGCCUGCCAUCACUGCUUACUUCCGAGACUUAGUCUCUGUUUAGUGUGCACGCUCUUCACCAUGGGCAACAACUUCUCUGUGCGCGCUGAUGCUGAGCCUGUGGUCGUUGAGGAGGAGGUCGCUGCCCCUCCGCCGCCGCCUGCCCCUAAGCCCGUCAAGGCUAAGCCUGUGACCCUGGAGUCGCUGUCGCCCGAGGAGCUGGAUGCUCUGAAGAGCGAGGUCGUCUCGGAGGUUGUGGCGAAGGUUGCUGGCGAGGAUGGCGAGAAGCUGCAGGACUUCAUGGAGGCCGAGGUUAUCACCGCGCCCUACGACCCUCGCUUCCCCAACCGCAACCAGGCUCGCCACUGCUUUGUGCGCUUCAACGAGUACUACAAGUGCAUCUACGAGCGCGGUGAGGAGCACGCUCGUUGCCAGUUCUACCAGAAGGCUUACCAAUCCAUCUGCCCAAGCGAGUGGAUUGAGAGCUGGCAGGAGCUGCGCGAGAAGGGCCUGUGGACCGGCAAGUUCUAAACUGCCCCGCAAUGGGCAGUUAGGCAAGCGUGGGCACAUGCACACGUAGCCAUGGUCGCAGAAUGGCAGGCACAGUGGAGCUAUCUGGAUGUAUCCAGGGGCGUCACCUGUGUUUUGCCCCACGCGACGUCAACACCCCCGGCUUAGCAACAAUGAAGCAGAUAGAGAUGUACUUGGUGAUCGCGUAUCGUGUCAGGGGUUCAGCGCAAACUAUAUGCUAUGGGCGUCCCCAUAGGGUAUGUUCCGCUACCUGACUGUAGUAAGUUAGCGUGCGUUUUUACAGUUGGGUUUGUGGUGAUGGGGCAACCCAUUAGGGCCAAAGCUUAUGGCCCUCUGUAAACUAGUUUCCAUCAUUUCGCCACCACUUAUUUCGCGUUUACGUGCUUUAUGUGACUUUGCUUCACGCACAACAUACCCCUCUCUACUCAGCAAGAGCUAGCACAUAGCGAUGCUCACCAAAAGGAUACAUACUCGUAUCAACGCCAGCCCUUUCUCACAGAGCAAAGUUGUAAAGCUUUUCCCGGUAGUAUUUCACAAUCCUCAAGCUUGCGUACACUGGGGAGGGAACGUUAGGGCGCAUCGGCGUCGGGUCGGUGGACUCCGUGCCCUGAAGCCCCAACUGGAACCUGUCACAGAUGUUGGCGCGGCUCCUUCUGAUAGUUUUGAUUUGCAGGCCAAAAUGGAAUUUCUACGCGAGGACUUGAAACAUCUGUUCGACGACAAAGGCAUAGAUGCAUCCGCCUACGAGGCCGUGGUUGACUUCCGAGACCCCAUCACCCGCCACACCUCCCUCGCCGGCUACCUACUCAACAUCGCCUUCCUGCGAGCCGCCUUCGACCCGCGCUUCACCCUGCACGACGCGCGCUGUACGGCACCCGACUCCAUCACCACUCGCUGGACCAUGAGCAUGCGCUUCACGCCCGCAGCCGCCCUGCCCACCGCCGGGCUCUGGAACCCCACCAUCACCUUUACCGGCACCUCCACCUACGUUUUCAACCCCGCCAGCGGCAAGAUCUGCCGCCACAUCGACACGUGGGACUCCAUCCGCCGCCAGGAGUUCUUCUCACCCGAGGGGUUCCUGGACUUUCUGCGGCAGCUGACAUCGCUGCACGCCACCCCGCCACUGGACACCCCCCGCUACGUCGUACUCAGGCGCGCGCGUGACUACGAGGUACGACAGUACGAGCCGUACCUUGUGGCUGAGACGACCAUGGAGGAGGCAGCCGGAGGUCGGGAGCAGGAGCAGGCGCAGAUGCACGACGUCACACAACCGCGGGAAGCACAUCAUCAGCAGGAAUCGGCAGCAGCAGCAGCACCAGCACCGGCAGCAGCGGCAGGACCAGAAGCGGCUCCAGCAGCAGGCGGCUUACCGGUGGUUAACCCGGCGGGUGCGGGGAGCCGCGCCUUCAACACCCUGGCCCGCUACAUCUUUGGCGACAAUGCGACGGGUGCCCGGAUGGCCAUGACCACCCCCGUGUUCAGCGACACCUCCGGAACCAUGAGCUUCGUGGUCGCCACGGCCUCCUCCUCCUCCUCCUCCUCCUCCGCUGCUGCAGACAAGGAUCCCGCCUCCCUGCCGCCGCCCAACUCGCCCGCCGUGUCCCUGCGCUGGGUGGAGGGCGGGGUGUGGGCGGCGCGCGUGUUCGGAGGCCGAGCGAGCGAGCAGGAGAGCAGUCGGCAGGCGCAGCUGCUCAGGGAUUCCCUGGCACGUGACCGCCUGCGCUGCGGCUGCCCGCACCGCUGGACCCUGGCGCGCUACAACGACCCCGCCACACCGCCAGCCUUCACACGCAACGAGGUGCUGCUGCUGUUGGGGCAGUUCGACACCUGGCAGUAGCAACAGCAGCAGCAACAGCAUUGAGUGGAGUAUGGGUUGUGAGGGGGGAGGUGGAGGAAGUGCGAUGGAGGUGUGGGAGGAUAGACGGGGCUUGCGUGGAGGGGCAGAGCGGGUUGCAUUGCGGGGGCAGGUCGUGAAGGGGAGGAAGGUGGUGGCAUGGUGGCAUGUGUUUUAGGCUGAACGUUGUACACAACGAGGGGAAUGAGAGAGAGGGGGAGUUGCUGGUGUGGUUGCUGUGACGGUGGCUAUGUGCUGUAGUGCAGACUGUGGAGAGGAGGUGUUUAUGUGAGGGUAGAUGUGGCAGCUUGGCCUGCAGACUGUGUAUAACCCAUACGGUACUGCUGCGGGCGUUUGCAAACAGAGUGGCUCAAACGCCCUAGGCUAGGUCACACAUACCGGUACAUCGUUCGUGCGCGCUUUGGAUGAGCCUGUGGGGGAAUCAAGCAGCAGCAGCGUGGCCGGAGGUGAUGAAGUUGGCCAGUGCGCAGUUGCCACCGCCGGCAUCAUUUGCAUGCUCCGCUGACCCGG